AGUGUGAGAUCGGAUCGGGAGAGAGAGAGAGAUGGGGCUAAGAAGUAAAUUAAGAAUGUCAGCGUCAGUGGUGCAGCAGGGGAUGAAGGAAAUAAGAAGGAGCGUGACGUACAUGCCUCGACCGGGGGACGGUGCGCCGCGGGGGGUGACGCUGAUACCGGGGGACGGAAUUGGGCCUCUGGUGACUCAUGCGGUGGAGCAGGUGAUGGAGGCGAUGCACGCCCCCAUAUACUUCGAGAAGUACGAUGUGCACGGGGACAUGAGGCGUGUGCCGGAGGAGGUGCUGGAUUCGAUACGGAAGAACAAGGUGUGCUUGAAGGGUGGUUUGAGGACUCCGGUGGGUGGGGGUGUGAGCUCCCUCAACGUUCAGCUCAGAAAGGACCUCGAUCUCUACGCUUCCCUCGUCAAUUGCUUCAACUUGCCCGGCUUGCCCACCCGCCACCACAACGUCGACAUCGUCGUCAUUCGCGAGAACACCGAGGGAGAGUACUCCGGUCUCGAGCACGAGGUCGUUCCAGGCGUCGUCGAGAGCCUCAAGGUUAUGUCCAAGUUCUGCUCCGAACGUAUUGCCAAAUAUGCCUUCGAGUAUGCAUACUUAAACAACAGGAAGCAAGUCACCGCCGUCCAUAAAGCCAACAUCAUGAAACUCGCAGAUGGUCUCUUCCUUGAAUCUUGCCGACAUGUAGCUACCAAAUAUCCUGGUAUCAAGUACAACGAGAUUAUUGUCGAUAAUUGCUGCAUGCAACUUGUCUCCAAACCAGAGCAGUUCGAUGUUAUGGUGACUCCUAAUCUCUAUGGAAAUCUAGUGGCUAAUACGGCAGCUGGAAUUGCCGGUGGCACUGGGGUCAUGCCCGGAGGGAACGUUGGGGCUGAUCAUGCUGUGUUUGAGCAAGGUGCUUCCGCAGGAAAUGUCGGAAAGGAAAAGAUGGUGGAGCAGAAGAAGGCAAAUCCUGUUGCUCUGCUUCUCUCCUCCGCCAUGAUGCUCAGGCAUCUACAGUUUCCUUCAUUCGCGGACCGCCUUGAGACUGCUGUCAAGCGUGUCAUUUCGGAGGGCAACUGCAGAACUAAAGAUCUUGGUGGAGACAGCACUACACAGCAAGUUGUUGACGCUGUCAUUGCCAAUCUCGACUAGACUACACCUUCCCAUGGCUAUGCACAAUCUUUUUCAAAUAUCCUUCCCCCAGUUUGUUGUAAUCAAAGUUCAUUUUCUAUUGCUAUUUUUCAACAGGGUUGAAGACUCUCUAUAAUAAUUCGGCUUAAUUUUCAUGUAAUUAUGUUUGCUCAACCAAAGUCACACUUGUAACCUGUCCAUUGUUUGAGGCAAUUUGCUCAAACAAAGGAUGCUUCUCUAUCCACAUAAUGUGUAAUGUAACGUUGAUUGAAACGAACAACACUGCCUUCCA